AUGGGUCAACAGGUAUCUUUAACUGAUUUGAAAAUACCUGACUUAUUUGCAACGAAGAAUCAUCAUUCGGAUAAGGUAUCAUCCACUAAUGAAACAGAAGAUAUUCAUUUAUUUUUACCAUUCGACAUCAUCAAUGAAACCAAUAAAAAUUUCAUUUCGUUUAAUAAUCAGCAAUGUUCAAGUGAACUAUCAAUUGUAAAAGAAACAUGGAUCAAACAAAUUCGAAAUGAUAUAUCUGAAUUCACGAAUUUAUGUGGAGUCAAUGAAUUUAAUACAAAAAUUGCAAAAAUAAUUAAAAAAAUGUUCGAUUAUAUUGCAACGACGAAUACCAAUCUACAAAAUUCUAUGCAAACGAUCAUUAAUAAACAGGAAAAGUUUAAAAAUUCCUAUGGUGAAAAGUUAAAAGAGGAUGAAAAUGUAACUACUUCUAUAUUUUCUGAAACGUUGAUUGAUUCAGAAAAUGUAUCAGAUCAACAACAAGCAAAAGAAAUACCGUUUUUUGCUGUUCAAUCUUUCAUAACUAUGUUAUUGAUGUUACUCGAAUUAGUGCGAAAAUCUGACUCCACUAGUGUUCAUCAUAUGCUUAACGUGACAAAUCAACUUGUUGAACAAAUUCCAUUGCAAUAUAUUUCAUCUGAUGUUUACAAGCGAUCACAUAAUUUAUUUAAAUCUUUAAAACCAUUAACUAUUUAUAUCCAGGAAUUAUCAAUACACAGUGAUAUAGAUUCGAUUGCAGCAAAUCAAUCAAUCAAAAUUUUAUUUAAUUUUUCUGUUAUCAAGGCAUCAUUCAAAGAUAUUCUACCAUUAAUAAGAAAAUUAAUUUUCAACACGAACGAUAUUUUUGAUAUACGAAAAUUACUUGUUAAAUUGAACAGACGUCUUACGUUGACGAUAGAUCGAUUCGAAAAAGAAAAACAAACACCAUCUGUAACAACAACUAUUCCACAGAACACUACAGAUAACAGCGUGACAGCACAAGAUCAAAACAGAACCGAAUUAGUAUUGCCAACUGAGCAAACAUUGGAUAUCGAACAGAAGUUUUUAGCUGCUGUAGAAUAUCUUAAGUCAAUUGAAGCAUUUCCAAAUACACAAUUGAUUACAUUAAAUGAAAAUAAAUUUACUGGUCAAUUCAUAUGUUCAAUAUUACUUGUUCAUAUUGAUUUACAUAAUCAACUUCAUGCAAAAUCACAAUUUGAACGUAGUUCUAUGAAUGGAUCAUUUUCAUUUGAAUUAGAAUCAGAAACAUUUAAAUAUCUAUAUGAAAUAAUCGAACACUUAACAUUAGUACAAGCAUCAUCCGAUGCGAAUCUCGGAUAUAUUUUGAAUGUGUGUUUAAGAUUAUUCACAACACAUUUACAAUUUCUAAUGGCUGCAAACUUCGAUCAUUUUUAUGAAUUUUUGAACGAACAUGAUAUUGAAAAAUGGUUCGCACUGAUAUCCAAAUUAGUUUUUGAUGAUGAAUUAGAAGAGAGGAAAACAGAAGCUUCGAAAGCAUUGACUUAUUUGAUCGAAAAACAAGCAUCAUCGUUUAGUAAAAUGUUGACAUUCAUUCAUAUGCAUAUCAUUGAAAACAGACAUCCAAUAUUAAUCGAUGAGUUAUUAAAUAAAUUAAAUCAACAAAUAUUCAUAUAUAAAUGGAUUGAAAUUCUUUGUAAUAAUCCAUAUACACAAGACAGUGCAUUAGCAUACACAGUCUUACAUUCAUUCAUUGAUAUUGUCUUAAAAUCAGCUUACGUAGACAUUAAAAAACUUAAUCGAUUAAGCGAAAUGAUAAUCAUGUUUCAAGAAUUGCUUUUAGUUUACUUAAAUAAUCAACCAGUUGAUGUUUCGAAUGAACUUGAAUCAUCUGCUCUAUCAACGCUUGGCAUAGAAUAUACAACACAUGUAAUAAAAUCUUGUCUUCAACAAGAAAUUCAAAGUGUUUUAUUCGAACCACUUCUUCUUGGUCUAUGUACUCUCACUGACGCGAAAUUUAACUUUGCUGUCAUACAACCAAUUUUUGCUGCUAUCAUGCCUUUAUUUGCCGAAUAUUUCAUACAAACAAAAAUCAAUGUCGACAAUAAGACGAAUUAUUUAAUUUCGUGGUUAUUAGGGAAGAUGAUCUAUUGUUUAAUUAUCGGUCCACCACAGAGUCCAUUAGAGAAAAAAUAUGAUACAACAUUAAAAUUACCAUUGUUUUCUGGUGGAUAUGAAACUCUAACAGUAGAUAUAAAUCCAUAUCUAUCGAAUUUAUUCAAAUCUGACUUAACUAUUUACAGUCGAUUUGUUUUGCCCUUGCGACGACAACAAUCGAUAUUAGACAAUAAUUUUUUAAUUUCAAUUUAUCAUAAUAUUGAUCAAGGUGCACAAUUAAUAUCAAAAAUGAAAUUAUUCAUUCGAGAUAAGCAAGUGUUACAAAAAUCAAUUGAAACCGUUGCUAAUGAUGCAUGUGCUGCAGUAUUCGCCGUUUAUAUUAAACAUUAUCGUCGUAUUGAUCUAGCUCAACAUGAAUUAACUCAACGAAUUGAACAAAAACCACAUGCUAAACUUCUCUUACUCUAUGAAUAUGCUAAUCAAGUACGAACGAUUUUUGCAACGACAAAAGCUCGAGGUGGUGAUUGCCAUGAACUUUGUAAAGAAAUUAAAAAUGACGCAUUAUUAUUACUCAUAUCAAUUAGAGAGAGUUCUUUCAUUGCAAAAAUUAAAGAGAAUUUUCCAUUGCCAAUUGUUACUACGAAAAUGUUUCCAUUACAACGACAACAAUCACGUUGGACAAAAGCGAAAUAUAUUAUUCGAUUACUUCGUAAUACACUAAAGGCGUGUAUGCGAUUAAAAUAUUUGAUGUUGAAAAAAAAACAAGCCGUUGAACAAAAGAAAGAUAGUGAAAGUGUUAUGCAUCAAGCUAUUACAUCUUCUUUAUAUGGAAAUGGAAAAUUGAAAAUUGAAUCCAAUGAAAUUGUUAAAUGUCUCACACUACAAUAUCAACGAGCUAUGACUCGAUUGAUUACUUAUCGAUUUAUUGAUCAAUUAAUUAUUGCUAGCAAAGAUAAUAAUCGAAUUCUGAAUAUUUUGUUCAUGAAUUUAAAAGAUAAUAAUUUAGAUUGGCACUAUCUUGAAAAUAUUCAAGCAUCAAAUAAUCAAUUGAAAGAAGAUAUUGGAUAUCUAUAUUAUAAAAUUGUUAAAACACUAUUAUCAAUUUCAAUGGAAUCUAAUACGCAAACCUUGUUCAUGUUACAUGUAUUUAAUCUGAUAAAUCUAAACUAUGAUUCGAUGGAUUUAUGUCUUUUGAAUAAUUAUCAAUUUAUUCAAGAGCUAUUUGAUCGCUUUAUUAGUUUUGCCGAAAUAGAUACAACAAGUGUCGAUUCAAUGAAUAUGAAACUCACAGCAUUCAAUUGGUUUCGUCUAGUUGUAUUAAAAUUAUGUGAAAAUAUCGAGUUGGAAGAAUUACGAAAUAUACAUAUCGGUAAUCGGAAAUUUCAUUAUAAUUUACAGCAACAAUGCAAUUUGAUUUUUAAUAAAUUAAUUUUAACUGAACUCAAACAAUUACAAAAAAAUAAAUUAACAUCCAAAAAGAACUGUGUAGACACAUCGUUAAAAAAUGUUUCGCUUCGUUCUUUGGUUGCAUCAUCAAAAUGUGAUGUUGACGUUGGUAUCCAUCAAUAUUUAAUGCUUUUACUUCGUUGUGUUCACUUAUAUGAUCAUAUACGAUUGAGCUGUGCUACAAUCGAUUAUAUUGAGCAAAUAUUCGAUUUAUAUCAUACAAGUCAAUCACUUAGCACUCGUCUACUAACAUUGAAAACUCUACGUGAUCUAUUGAUAUUUUUACCAGACGACAAUACGAAUAGAACAACGAAUAGAUCUUUUAUUGAAAAUCUAUUAAUGAAAAUUUUGUUUUCUAUUGGUCAGAGUUUUAAUUUAUUAGAAAUCAAAAAGAUAGAUCUUGAUAUUAUCAUUGAAUUUAUUUAUAUCUAUCGUACGAUUAUGUCAUAUAAUUCACCAUGGCAAAAGCUCGCAAUUCAAUUGUUUGUUGAUGCAAUAAAGUCAUGUAUGAAUUUCAAUUUUACAUCAUUAGAAACAGUCGAAUUACAACAAAUGAAUUUCUUUCUUGCAUCCAUAUGUAUAUUAGGCGGUUAUGUUCAAUCGUAUUGUUUAGGAUCAACUGUAGAAGUCUAUUCAACUGAUAUAACUAUGCAUGAAUUACAAUAUGCAAUUAUAAUUGACAUCAAUAUGGAUGCUUUUGAAUUAAAUUCAUACGAUGUUAAACCUUAUCUUAUACAAUAUGCAGCUACGAAUCAGACUGAAUGGGUUUCAUCGAAUCAAAUACGCAUCAUUGUUGAUGUUCUACCAAUGAAUCUCUCACUUUUACCAAUCGAUAAUGCAGUUCAUACUAUUCUUGAUACAUUAGGAUUUCUUGCACAAAUUGAUGCAUCAACAAGUGAUUCAUUGAUGUUAUUAGAUAUAAAAUGUCGUGUAGUAACAGCAUUAUAUGCUGUAUUGAAUUAUAAACAAGUUAUUGAAAUUUUUAUGCAAAAACCUUAUGCAUCAAUUAUUGCUAAACUAUCGACUUCGAUGGAUUAUCUUGAUUCAAUUCGUAGUACCAUACCAAAUGAUUUACGAUUGUUUAAUAGAUUACAUCUAGAACAAUAUUAUCUAAGUUUAGAUAGAUAUGCAAGAAAAAAUCAAAUAGUUGAAAACAAACUUGACAUUAUUCAUAAUAGAAAUGGAUGGAAUCAAAUGAAUAUUAUUCGUGAUCCUAUUAUUCUGCAAUAUCUAUCUGAAACAAGUUCGAUAGAUGAGGACUGGAAUCCGAUUGCAUCUAAAAGUGAGAUACAAUCCUACAAAAAAGGUCGAUUGGGAAAUGAUGAAAUUCACAUUAUUUCUGUGCCUGCCCAUGAUAAUCUAUCGGCUUUAGAAGAAUGUGGUAUCAAGCAUAAAUUCAAAGGACGAGUUAACGUAACUGGUGACGCUAGAGAUAUUCGAUAUCUAACUUUUAUUCCUAAUGGCAUAGAGUUGAAUGAAGGAAAGUGGUACUUUUGUGUUAAAUUUCCACAAGGUGGCGCAGCACAAAUUGGCUGGGCAACGAAUGGAUUUGAUCCAGUAGCAAAUGGUAGCUAUGGCAUUGGUUAUGAUGAAUUUUCACGAAAAAAGAGAUGA